AUGAACGCGCAGCUGGCGAUGGAGAACAUCGGCGAUCUGCAUGGGGUGAGCCAUGAGCCGGUGCCCGCCGCCGCUGACCUGAUGAGCGGCAGCCCUCAUCACCGGAGCGCAGUGGCCCACCGCGGCAGCCACCUGCCAGCCCACCCGCGCUCCAUGGGCAUGGCGUCCAUCCUCGACGGCGGCGACUACCACCACCACCACCGGCCGCCCGACCACGCGCUGACGGGCCCCCUGCACCCCACCAUGACCAUGGCCUGCGAGACACCCCCCGGCAUGAGCAUGAGCAGCACCUACACCACAUUAACCCCUCUGCAGCCUCUACCUCCCAUCUCGACAGUCUCGGACAAGUUCCCUCACCACCACCAUCACCAUCACCAUCAUCACCACCCCCACCAGCGGAUACCGGGCAACGUGAGCGGCAGCUUCACGCUCAUGCGGGACGAGAGGGGUCUGGCGUCUAUGAACAAUCUCUACACCCCUUACCACAAGGAUGUUACCGGCAUGGGGCAAAGCCUCUCUCCGUUAUCUGGAUCGGGCCUGGGGAGCAUCCACAACUCCCAGCAAGGGCUGCCCCACUACGCUCACCCCAGUGCGACCAUGCCCGCCGAAAAAAUGCUCACCCCAAACGGAUUUGAAGCCCACCAUCCUGCCAUGUUAGCCAGGCAUGGCGAUCAACACCUCACCCCCACAUCCGCUGGCAUGGUGCCUAUCAACGGGAUCCCACACCACCCCCAUGCCCACUUGAAUGCCCAGAACCACGGGCAGAUUCUGGGCUCGGCCAGGGAGCAAAACCCUUCUGUAACUGGUUCGCAGGUCAACAGUGGAAGUAAUUCAGGGCAAAUGGAAGAAAUCAAUACCAAAGAAGUAGCUCAGAGGAUCACCACCGAGCUCAAGCGAUACAGCAUCCCCCAGGCUAUCUUCGCCCAGAGGGUGCUGUGCCGCUCUCAAGGGACUCUCUCAGACCUGCUGAGGAACCCUAAGCCCUGGAGCAAGCUCAAAUCCGGCCGGGAGACCUUCCGCAGGAUGUGGAAGUGGCUCCAGGAGCCGGAGUUUCAGAGGAUGUCUGCUCUGCGGCUGGCAGCGUGCAAGAGGAAAGAACAAGAGCAUGGGAAGGAUAGAGGGAAUACACCCAAAAAGCCUCGGUUGGUCUUCACAGAUGUCCAGCGUCGAACUCUACAUGCAAUAUUCAAGGAAAAUAAGCGUCCGUCCAAAGAAUUGCAAAUCACCAUUUCCCAGCAGCUCGGGUUGGAGCUGAGCACCGUCAGCAACUUUUUCAUGAAUGCACGGAGGAGGAGUCUGGAUAAGUGGCAAGACGAGGGCAGCUCCAAUUCAGGCAACUCAUCUUCUUCAUCAAGCACUUGUACCAAAGCAUGA